UAUUCUGCUUCUUAAGCUUUUGCGCUACACAAUGGCCGCUUACGGAACCAUCUUCUCUGCCCUCCUCGCCCUGGGCGCAAUCACGCACGCAGCCGACACCGCCCACAAAAACGACGCACGACUUUUCUACGACGACAACGACAAUUCCGUCACCAUUAGCGGUGAGAGCCUCUUCUACAUCGGGGUCAUAUUCGUCGGCCUGCUCUUGCUCACGUCUUUCCUGGGGCUCUUCGGGACAUCGGCCAAGGUUGCUCAGCCCUAUGAUUACGCCCCCGCUACCGGUUACGGUGCCUCUGCCCCAGCCUACGAUGAGAAGACCACCUUCUCCGUCCCGCAAUUAAUUGAGGAUGCUGUCAACAAGUUCCAGUAGAGACCGCGAGCAUAAAUAUUCAAAAAUCAAAUGUGCUUACAGAAAGAAACUCUUCUGUUAAGUUUAUUUGUAUUAAAAAACUACAACUUCUGUGAUUUUUUCUCCAGAACGUUACGGAAAACAAUGGAACCCGUGAUUAAUUUGUUGGUCUUUUGUUGACUAUUUUCUCUUUAAUUUAUAAUGUAAAUAAAUUGUUUUUUUUAUA